GUCCUGGAAAAAUAUGGAAAAUUUCAAAAGACUCUGACCAAACAACUUGACUGCGGAAUAGUUCCAGAUCCCAAGAAGCUGCUUCAGAUGAAUCGCAUUCUUACUGAACAUUUUUUCGGCGACAUGAUGUUCCAUGGAAAAAGAUAUCCCACGUGGCAAGAAAAGCAACAAUUGGCUGUACAAAUCUUGGAAGAAUUUCCCCAUUUGGAGCAGACUCGUGUUUCGGAAAAUGCACCUGUUGAGUCGUACUUUUUUUGGGUUCAUGGUGGAUUGAACACAGGAUGCCACACAGGUUUGAUCGAAACAAGAGUAGCAAACAUGCGCAAAGACGUUUCACCCGAGGAUCGUAAGUUUCGUCGAGCAAAGAUAAAGAGCAUUGUUGUCACCGAGGAUCAAGUUAGUACCGCUGCGCAUAUUUCUGCGCUAAAUCCAACUCCCGGAAAUGCCAAGAUUAUUGCUGAUGGUAUGGCACAAGCUCACGACUUACAUGAAUCGCUCUUACAAAAAAAGGACGAAAAUCGACUCCACAGCAUCAUCGACACGUUUCCGCACUUCCUCUCCUUUGAGGGUGAGAUGAUCAUUCAGGCUUUUGAUCGGCUUCACGAGCAUCCGAAUAAUGGACCGUCUUUGAGCGCGCUUCUUCGUUUAGGGCUAUUAUGUGACAAAACUAGCUGGUCGCAAGUCGAAGAUGAUGUGCUCAGAGGUACGCUGAGGCUGAUGAAAGCGCUCUCCAACAAAGGAGUGAAAAGAACAUCCAGCCUGCAAAAUGCCAGCCUUGGGGAACUGGCUGCUGAACCCCUAAUAAGAUGGAUCCCGUUUACCGCACGAGAACCCGGAUUCGAUGAGCUGUUGGCUGUGAAGGAGAUUCAACCCGCUGGGGAUCCCCACAUCAUCUGUGCAGCCGAACACUUCAAGAAGGGGAACUACUACAUAGCACUCGACAAAACUAUCAUACCAUGUGGUAACUCGGCUGUUAGAGCCAUAGAGAUUUUGUUCAAGUCGUUCGAUAUUUUUGGUGUUAAAGCACCGGUGCUAUUAAGGAAACUGGAUGCGAUGAUCGCCUCCAAUGUUUGGCGGUCAAAAACGAGCAGCAAACUGGACUCGACUAAGGACGGACUCGCGACUGAGCUAACUGUUGACUCGGACUAA